GACAGAACUGCAUUAUCAUCAUCACCAUGACUGAACAGGAAGAAGUCGCGCCUCUGAAAUCUCUCAACUCUAAUGAUCCGACUUACAUCACUUUUAUGAAUAACUGCAGAGAGAAAGCAGAAGGAUGGUGGUUAGAUUUCUCGGGGAUCCCAGUGUCGUACGGUGCCAUAAAACCGGGGCAAGCAUUGCAAAUGAACACCUAUCUGACUCACCCGUGGGUCUUCAGAGCAUCUGAUGGUGCUAAACUACUAGUAAACUUGAGUGAAGUUUAUUUUCCUACGCCUGCGGAGUACGAGGAGCACGGAAACCCACUGUACAAGCCAGUGUACGUCACUGCCCCAGUGUACUCAUUACAAGAAUACUGUAUACGGCUGAUUCAGAAAACGGUACGAAAGGAAGACGUCUACAAACUGGAAAUCCCCGAUUAUUUGAGACAGGAAAUCAGCCGACCACCUGAUAUACUGAGGGACAUUAAAGCUUUAUCCGCACAGAGAGCAAUGUGAGGUGUGGAAAACCGACAGGCGGAUGACGUCAAGAUACCGCGAGAACGAUUCAAAUCUGACGGAGAAGUCUAUUUUCGAAUCGCUCUCGCGAGAGUUUGAUGUCAACUGCCUAAGGUGACAUUUCCCCUCCUACCACUCAAACUGAAAGCAAAAAUAACUUUAAUGUCAGAUAUCCAUCCCUGCUGACAAACAAUACAAUUACAAUGGUUUAACGUAAACCAAUGAACUGUUUACCAUUGUAAUACUGGACUAUAUAAUCAACUUUGGAGUUGUUUAGGAAAACGACUCUAUGAUAUCUUCAUCUUAAAGGUUUGAACACAAAACAGUCUUCCUAAUCUUAAAGUUUGAGUAACUUGAUCUCAUCAUCACAGAGGUUUGAUGACUUGAUCUUGUCAUCUAAAAGGGCUGACUCACAUCACUGAGUAACUGUUAAAAAUAUAUGUUAUCAUAUAUUUAAUAUGUGGAUCUAAGAUGACAAUAUUAUAUUCACGUGUGGUAUUAUUUUAAAGGUCAUGAUGGGAUGCGUAAUAAUGUCUAAUUUCUGUUAUUUUAAGAUAAAGUGUACCAAAGUUAAGAACUUCAAGAAUAAUGUCUUGGAGAUAUGGCUAACAAUCCCAUUUGGUGCCUCAUGUCACAAGAUCCUGACCCACCAAUUCCUGAUGUUGGACUUUGAUUUCCUAUGUGUAAAGCUGUGUAUAAAAUGUGUCCUGGCAAAAUAUUCAGGGAAGCAUAUGUUUUUAUAUUAUGCUGAUAAUUUUAAGUGGUUGAUUUAAUAAUGUGGUGUUCGUAAUUCUAGUUGAUGACUUAAUUGAUUGAUUUAAGUAUAACCUG